GACUUCUUUUGCUGGGCAUCUGGCAGGGAUUCUUGUUGGAUUGAUGUACACUAUGGGACCUCUGAAAAAGAUCAUGAAAGCCUGUGCAGGUGGUGUUUCUUCAUUCACUGACCCUGCCAGGCCAAGAGACUACUAUUCAGAGUAUUAUGGCUAUCCAGGUUAUCAAUAUGGAACACCAAGGAGCUAUUAUGAUUAUACAGGUGGACUUACUGAAGAAGAACAGCUUGAAAGGGCAGUGCUAAACAGUCUUAAUGAAAGAGAUUUUGGUGGAGCAACGUAUAAUAAUGAGCGACGACCCUAUGGUUUUUGGUUUCCACCUGAGCAGCAUGCAGAAGAGGAAAUAAGAAGACAAAGGCUUCGUAGGUUUGAGAGACGAUGA